AUGUUGCUUUCUAUCGGCGGUGGAAUCGGAAGAUACUCUUUGGCUUUAGUUGAGGACGCUAGAGAUUUUUCAAAAUAUUUAUGGAACACUUUCUUGGGUGGCACCUCAUUUUCAAGACCAUUUGGUGAUGCUGUGUUGGAUGGCAUAGACUUUGAUAUUGAACUUGGAUCUGCACAAUAUUGGCAAUACCUUGCACAAUAUCUCAAGGAUUAUCAAGGUGUGUAUCUAAGUGCUGCUCCUCAAUGUCCAUUUCCUGAUAGAUUCUUAGCUGCUAUUCCAUAUGGAGAGGUAUUUUUGAGGUUGCCCGAGGCUGGAAGCGCUUUUAUCCCGACCGAAGUGUUGACGUCUGAAAUACUACAAGUGAUUCAGCAUACAUCAAAGUAUGGAGGUGUUAUGUUUUUGUCAAGAUACUUUGAUGAUAGGAUUGGUUACAGCGCAUCCAUUAUAGAUAGUGUGUGA